CAACAGUAUCUAAGGGCCACAUUGAACAAAUACUGAUCCAUUGCCAACCUGGGGCCUUUCUUUUUAUUUUUUGGUUUAUGGGCAAACUGUGUGUAGAGAAGCAGUAUUUUCUCUAAUCCACAUAGUCUCUCCUCCAAUUUUUGUUUUUUUUAAAAAAUCUGGUCUUUCUUCACUGUUCCAUUACACUAUAGAAACUCUUACAUUUUCUAUAAUCUUCAUUUUACACAAAGUUCUCUCAGGAAAAAUCUUGAUGAUGCAAGUAAUACAAAAUAUCAGUUCUCAUUUCUACAUCAGUAGUUCCACCAGAGAUAAAAUGCAAGUUUUCUUUUCAAUUAGGAUCCUGUGGCCAUAAAAUAAAGGAACCUAAGCACAGCUAAUAGCAGAAAACUGCCGGGAAGUGAAGCCUCAUACUCUCCAUGCUGUUCAAAAGACGCACUGUCUUCCAAGCAGAGAUAUAACACAAUUCUGUUAUAUACAUACAGUUUCUAUGUACAUAAAUUCACUUACAGAAUAAAACUCACAACUGCGAUACAUCAAGAAGAAUGGGAAAUAGAAUGUGGCGUUAAGAACAAAAUUCUAUUUUUCAGAAAAACAGCAAGGCAGAUACUUGGUAAGUAAAAAAGUAGAAGCAAAGGCUCUAAUAAUAUAAGCUAUUCUGUGAAAAGGAAAACAGCAGCCUGCGCGGGAAAAGCCAGAAGCCUUAUCAGACGUUUCUAUAGGGAGGGGCGGAGCCUACAGAGAAGGAGACAGGGAUGCGGCUAACGGCCGACACUGCUUUUCCAUUGGGUUAUGUUUUAAGAGAUAGAGGCUAAUGUGGAUCCCUGGAAAAUGCAAAAAGCAAUGUUUAACAUCCAUCAAACAUAUAUAUAGGUGGAUGCGAAUAAAAUGGAGACAAAGAAAGGAGCCUGCAAGCUGGAUGACAUCUUAUAUAACAUAAAAAUAAUACAGUAACUAUCUUUUAAUGAUCACCUUCGAUAUGCCUUUAUCUAGGUAUCUUAUUUAAAUAUGCACAAGAACCCUACGAGGUAGUAAGGUCAUUUUACAGGGAAAAAAAAGCAGCAGGCUUAAAGAUGUUUUCGUAGCUUGUCCCAGCUCACCACCAGGGGUAUAAACUGGCAAAGCCGGCAUCAGAGGUUAGAGGGAGGGUAACUCCAAGACGCUCAGAUCGUCUUCUACCACGUGUGUGCUGGCUUUAACCCACGUGCCUCGGGGCGCGAAGACAGAGAAAUACACCACCGCCCCCCGACACCGGCGUCACCCGCUCCAGGGCGAGCCUGGGGCAAUUCUGAUGAAAAGGACACUUGUUCAUUCACCGGGUAUUUUGAAAGUGCCUACUGAAAUGCAAGGGACAAAGGCCGUAGCCGUGACCGCACACACACGGCCACUGUGCGCACAGGCUGACAGUCUGGAGGGCUGCGGAGGCGCCCUGGCUCAGGACUAAGAGAAGGGGCGCUCUGCACUGGAUGCGUCGCGGAUCCGGCGCGGCAGGGGAUGGGCGGGGAGGGCACGGCGCCGGAGGCCGGCCCCGGAGGGAAGGCCGCGCGGCCCCGGAGCGAGAGAGGGGCGUGGCGCCGGCAGGGGGCGCGGGGGGGACGGGGCACGCGCCGGGCUGACGUGGGCCGAACGCCGCGCACGGGACCAACUACGCAGCAGCGGAGAGACAACUCUCCAAAGAUGGAGCCACCAGCCCUGCGGCCCUGGCGGGGCCCUUGGAAAGAGCUUCAAAGCUGCCGUUCGGGGCAGCAAGGGCACCUAAAGUCUUCCUGGGCUCCCCGCCGCCUGGGGGCCCUGGCUCUGGGAAACGGAGGCAAGUUUGUCCUCUGUGCUAUGGGAGAUGUCAGAGAAUCAAAAAUGCAAAUAACACCGGAAACUCCAGGAAGGAUCCCUGUUUUAAAUCCUUUUGAAAGUCCUGGCGAUUAUUCUAAUCUCCAUGAACAAACUCUUUCCAGUCCUUCUGUUUUUAAAUCAACAAAAUUGCCAACUCCAGGGAAAUUUAGAUGGUCUAUUGAUCAACUAGCUGUAAUAAAUCCUGUAGAAAUAGACCCGGAAGACAUUCACCGUCAAGCUUUAUACUUAAGUCAUUCUCGAAUAGAUAAAGAUGUGGAAGACAAAAGACAAAAAGCCAUUGAAGAGUUUUUUACUAAGGAUGUCAUCGUCCCCUCUCCUUGGACUGAUCAUGAAGGGAAACAGCUUUCAGACUAUCAUUCCAAUAAAUGUGUUGACAUAAAUAAUGAAUCUCCAAUUGGAGGAAAGCUGACUAUCCAUACUGAGAAAAGCAAUGCUGCUUGUCAGACAUUGCUGUCUCUUCCUGUGGAUUUUAAUUUAGAAAAUAUAUUAGGUGACUAUUUUAGAGCUGAUGAAUUUGCAGAUCAAUCUCCUGGAAACCUUAGUUCUUCAUCCCUCAGAAGAAAGCUAUUUUUAGAUGGGAAUGGAAGUAUCUCUGACUCCUUACCUCCAGCUUCUCCGAGAAGUGCUCACAACGGUGCUCAAGCAUCACUCGAGGUUUUUUAUUCAAUAGAUUUAUCUCCUGUACGGUGUAGGAGCCCUGUGCAGACACCGAGCUCGGGGCAGUUUUCUUCCAGCCCUAUUCAGGGUAGUGCAAAGAAGUACAGUCUGGGAAGCAUAACCAGUCCUCCUUCACCUGUCUCUUCACCCACUUUCUCACCAGUAGCAUUUCAGAUAGGAAAGACACCACUCGCAGAACAAAGGAAGUUUACUGUUCAUUCUCCCGAGGCUUCAUCUGGAAGAAAUUCUAAUGGAAUUCCUAAUCCGUGUAUCAGAAGUCCUUAUAUAGAUGGCUGCUCACCAAUUAAAAAUUGGUCUCCUAUGCGACUGGAGAUGUGUAGAGGUGGUACUCAGUAUCGGACCUCACUGAUUCGGAUUCCUUUUCCUCUUGAGGCUCACAGUGAAGAUGAAGAAGAUAAAGGGAGUCUUCCUUCCGCAGAUGCCUCCUCACCAGCCAUGGACACUGCUGCAGUACACCUGCGGCAGUUGAGUAAUGACGCUUCUCCACGCGGCCCACGUUUACUGGUGACUGCCAUGUCCAUUACACAGAAUCAGUCCAGUGCUUCUGAGAAGGAAUUAGCACUGCUGCAGGAUGUUGAAAGUGAAAAGGAGAAUAACACUGUGGAUAUGGUUGAUCCUGUAGAGAUAGCAGACCAGAACACCUGGAUUAAGGAGCCGGUUGACAAUGGGAGCUUACCCGUGGCUGAUUUUGUGAGUGGGAUUGCCUUCAGCAUCGAAAACUCUCAUAUGUGCAUGUCACCUCUUGCAGAAAGUAGUGUCAUUCCUUGUGAAAGCAGUAACAUUCAGAUGGAUAGUGGCUAUAAUACACAGAAUUGUGGAAGCAAUAUUAUGGAUACGGUUGGGGCAGAAAGUUACUGCAAAGAAAGUGAAGCACAGACCUUGGAAGUUGAGAAUAAAUCUCCUUUUUAAUACAAAGCAGCCCACAAAACCCAAAGGUGUUGGAUGGAAACAGCACAUCCCCCUCAGUGCAGCAGUCCACAGAAAGCUCUCUCAGACCCAAAGACUACACUGAAUAGCUCCUCGAAUAUUUUUUAUGCACAAGAUCAACAAUGUGAUUGUCACUGGGGAAAAAAAUGGCUUCAACUGACAUGCUCAGCAUUUUUCUUUCCCUCCUUAAAUGUGAAAAAUCAAGGGCUUAAUUUAGUGACACAGGAACAACAGAAGAGCUCCUAGAACUUUCAACAAGUUGCUGAAGUACAGGUUUAUUUUUUAUCAAUAAAUAUUUUUGUACUUACCUUGA